CCAUGCGCAGAUGGAUCCAGAGGAGGGCUGUGCUGUGUAGGCUGUAGUCUACAUAAGAUCUGCCUCUGCGAGGCUGUUCACACUCACUGUCGACCGGAGAUCACAGGUACCAUCUGGAGCUUGCGUGAGGAGACCAUAAAUCCGGGAUAGUCUCUCCAGAUAACCCUCCUUGUGUGACUGACGGAUGCAGCAGAGAGAAGCAGCAGCAGCGAUGCGGCGGCUCUGCUGUUAACUAGUUGGACCACCCCUCUUCUGUGUGUGUGUGUGUGUGUGUGUGUGUGUGUGUGUGUGUGUGUGUGUGUGUGUGUGUGUGUGUGUGUGUGUGUGUGUGUGUGUGUGUGUGUGUGUGUGUGUGUGUGUGUGUGUGUGUGUGUGUGUUUUCUUUUUGCCGGUUCUUUUCUGAAGGAAAAUUCACAAUGAAGCUCAAACCGAACCAGACCAGGACAUACGACGGAGACGGCUUCAAGAAGAGAGCGGCGUGUCUGUGCUUCAAGAACGAGCGUGAGGAGGAGGUUCUGCUGGUCAGCAGCAGUCGGCACCCGGACCAGUGGAUCGUUCCUGGAGGAGGGAUGGAGCCGGAAGAGGAGCCGUGUGGAGCUGCAGUGCGAGAGGUGUUCGAGGAGGCCGGUGUGAAGGGCAAGCUGGGACGUCUGCUCGGUGUAUUUGAGCAAAACCAGGAUCGGAAACACCGGACGUACGUGUAUGUGUUGACCGUCACAGAAACCCUGGAGGCCUGGGAAGACUCCGUCAACAUCGGCCGGAAGCGGGAGUGGUUCACGGUGGAAGAGGCCAUCAAAGUCCUGCAGAGCCACAAACCCGUCCACGCCGAGUACCUGCGGAGGCUCCAGCUCAGCUGCUCCCCCACCAACGGAAACUCCAUCCUCCCGAGCCCGCCGCCCAACGACAACUACCCCCACUACAGCGCGACGGCCACCGCGCCGUCGACGGGCAGCGUGUUGGGCUCCUCCUGCAGAUAGGACUGCAUCUCAGCCUCCUGUCCUCUGACAGAUCACUGAACGUCUGUACAGUGUCUUGCAUGAAUUUAAAGACUCUUCAGAGCCGCGGCUCUCUUGUAUGUAUCAUUUCUAAUCUUAGCUGCAGGACAGACCAAAGCCAUUGCCAGGACUGUGUUCAAGACUGAGCAGGAGACGCUCACAUCUCAGACACUUCUUCUUUUGCUAGCAAACAGGACUAGUGAGCUGUCGUUUGGAAGAGGAAGCUGCAGCCUCUGCUGGCGUAAAGGAAUGCCUUACAGAAACUUUGUAUGAAUGUUGUAUUUGGGUUGUUUUAUUUCACUAAUGACCAUUUUUACUUUCUUUUAGCAGAGUAAAUAUGCUGUCUAGUCAAUAAAACGGUUAUUGACCCCAAAGCACAUCAAUAUGGGGAAUGUUUCCAGACUACAGUCAUCAAACUAUGAUGAGAACAGCAAGUGUAUUAUAUUAUAGAUAUUAAUUUUAAAAAAGACACCCAAGCAUUAAUGUUUAAAAAAUCUACUCUGUUGCGUUUCAAUUUUCAUAAAAAGUGGGAUUUUCUUUACUUCAUAUAAUCCGUAAACCUAUUAUCUAAAUAGUUCUAAAGCUAAAUUUGAUUGAACUAAGUUGGUAAAUCCGUCUCCCAGUAUUGUUUUUCAAAAGUAACUAAAGUGAAGCUUGAGCAGUAAAUAUUACAAUUAAUAUUAUAAGUAAAAUGAAAAUUGCUGCAUUAAAAGUUGAUAAAAGUGAGUUUCUACCUCAGUAAACUGAAAACUGGAUCAUUGUGUGAUGCAGCGCUGCUGUUUGUAGUCGCUUAACUUUGACUCCUCCAACAAAUUUGCCCUUUUAAAGCCACAUACCUUUUUUUAUCUCUGCUUUGCGUUUCCCAGUGAAAGUAUUUAAAGGUGUAAAGUUCGUCUUUGCAUUUGGUGUUAAUGUACGUUGCCGGCCUCACCUGAGUUUUUCCACUUCCGUUAAUUUAACAAGUGGAUUUGUGUAAUUUACACUGAAUGAAAAUGAUGUGAUUGUUGCUCUUUUCUUUAAGCUGCAGCAGUUUUUUCACAUCUCAUGGUGCUGCAAGGAAAUCUGGUAAAACUGUCCACUAAUGGUGUCAUUUUAAUGCACAGUGUGAUUGUUUAGUCACAAGUAACUAAGACUGCCUGCGUCCAACUAAUGCAGCAGAUUAAUCUGCCAAUUACUGUAGUUUGAUUAAUCUAUUAAUGUGCUCGAUUAUUGCUCAACUUGCAUCCCACAGAGAAGAGUUUGAUUCAAAAAAUAAAGUGCAGUUUAAUAUUUCUUGCUGCAAAAACAACCCCAGAAAACUUUAAAUCCGCUUUUCAAAAAGAGGACAGAUAUUCCGAGUAAAGUGUUCGCUGCUGAAUAUCACAUUUCAAAUGUAUAUUUUUCUGCUUCUUCCUCACUGGAAACAGAAAACUCCCUCCUGCUUCGACAGCUGAAUGACGACCCGUAACCACACAGAGAUUUGUAAAUAGCUUUGAGGAGAACCGUUGAAAAUGUGUUUUUAACCUGAGUGAACCUGUAAAUUUUUCUCUUUAAUAUUUUAUAUAUUUUUUAACGAUGUACAAAAUGUCGAGAAAACAAAAAAGACGUGUAGAAAAACCCUCCACUGAGUAAUGUACAGUACAGGAUGUUUGUAUCACUUCUGACAAUGUGCCACAGGUUUAGGAUGACGGGAGGAAUGAUACCAAACACCAUGGGUGGAAGCUGAAUCCACACUGUUGCCCAGAAAGGAAUGAGAGUUACAUUUCAGAGCGAGGUGUUCUGGGAAUUGUAGUCUUAUUGAAAUGACUGACAGCACAGAAUGAACUAGAAUAGUGCAUGGUAACCUGGAACCUUACACUGAGAGAGAAAUGGGUGAACUUGUGUUUGUUAGAGCCAAACAGCCACACAAGCACCGAGAGACGUGAAUGAGCAAAUCUGUGGUGUUUUUUUAAAUACAGAUUUUGGAAAAUUUUGGAUCAGAGGAAUGUUUUGGAGAGUUGGAAAUGAAAAAAAUGCUGUUUUAAUUUCUUAUACACUGGCAGAAAUGUUAAUUCUAACAGUUUUAUAAGGGUUAAAGGAGAAAAAAAGUCUCAUUUUAUGCUUCAAAUCUUUGGUUUACCUUCCAAAUCUUAUCUGCAGUAUAAUAAACUCUGAUACAGCAGUUCAGCUAUCAUAAACUUUGGGCCUUGUUUGACAGAUGUGUGUGUGUGUGUAUGUGAAUUACAGGUUGGUGAACGCAAAAUGAUGUGCCAAAUUAAAAAAUUUGUUCGGGUUCAAAUGGAAAAAAUCUUGAAAUUUUACAGAUUUGUAACAUUGUGAGAGAAAAAAAAUCUUAAACAUUGUUUAAGACUGUGUAUUUCUGGAUAUAAUCAUUUAUAAUGUGAAAAAAGUGUGUUUUUAGACAUUGACUGCAUCCUCCAGUGUUCAAAUUAUAACUAAGCUAUUAUUCUAUGUCCCACACUGAUUUGAAAUCCACUUGUCAUGUAUUAGAGCGUAAAAACUAACUCAGACAACAUAAAUUGAACUUAAUCCUGCUGUUUUGCAGCUGGGAACCCCCUGAAACACCUUCUUCCUCCACUUGCUGAAAUGCUGUUGAUCUGCUUCUGUUCUGUCCAGAGCCUUUUCAAACUAAGAAUUUGUCACUGUUUAUUAUAAUCUUAUGCACAGCAAAUGUGAAAGUGAUUCAAAGAAUUGGACUGGAAAGAUUGUUUUUGGAAAAAAGAUUGAAUUAAAGGGGGAAAAAAUCUGA